ACCAACGAAAAGCACAAUCGGUGCAGAAAGUGAGUGAAGUGAAAGGAUAACAGACAUUACAAAUUGCAUAAGGAUUAUCAAAACAACAGUGAUAAUUACCCAACUGGAUUAUUAAACUUGACAAAAAAAAGAUCUUUACAAUGAGAAUAAGAGCUAGCCUGUUGGCAGUUGUACUGCUGGCCACCGCCUCCUUGGCCGAAGAAUCCAGCUGGGGCAAUGAGUGGGCACCCAUGGAGAGUGCCAUGCCCAGCCGCCGAUCUGUAGACACAAAGCCCGCCGAACAAGCCGACAUCCAGGGGCGAUACCUGGUCCACGAAGCCAUUCAAAGCAACAGCACCACCCAGAUUGAUGAGGUCAUUGAACAGCUGAUUAACUCUCGCCGGGAGGGUCGCAAUCUCGGGGAGUACGAUGCCGUCUAUGCUGAUGGAAAUAUCGAUCAGGCUCUACAACAGGGAAAUGAUCUGCAAGCCCGUAAUCUUAUCCGGGAUAAACUGUGUGGCUUGGGACUCAUGAGCUGCGAUGUGGAAGAAAAGCGACCAUUUUACUCGACGAUCUACGCCCAGGGCCCUCCUCCACCAUCCGGAUUCAGUGGUGGUCCCUACGGUCCAGCUAAGCCCAUGCCUCCACCAAGUUACUUCAGUGGUCGUCCACCAAUGGGUGGACCUCCCGGAUCUUACGGACCACCAUCAGGCUCCUUCGGACCUCCACCCAGCUCCGUGAACUCCUUUGGACCUCCCAGGAAGGUGGGAUACGAGGGACCCUACAAGCCAAUGUCUGGACCUUACAGGCCAACUGGACCCGGUGGUUACCUGGAGCAUCCUCCACCAUCCGCCAUUGAUGGCUCAUCCGAUGGCAUCACCUACACGAAACCACCUCCCGGAGCUCUGAUUUACGACAGCAAGCCACCAGGCCCCAUCUACACCGGUGGACCUUCCCUGGGUGCCGGACCCGUUUUUACUGGUGCUUCAAACGGAAUCCCUCCUUAUAACUUUGAGAACCCCGAAGGUGGCAUCCAGGGUGCCAACUCUGCUCCCAAUGGUUUCUACUCGCAGCAAUCGUCAGCUUCCUCCUCCUCGGCCACCUCUUCCAGCACGAAAGUGGUGGUUGGAGCUCCCGUUGAUGCUCUCCAGCAGCAUGUGCACCAUCAUUAUCACCAUGUUGAGGGCGCCGAGGGUGCCAAGGUUCCCAGUGUGCCUAUUCCCAUUGGAGCUGGCCAGACCAUCAACACGGACUUCAGUGCCUUGGCCCAAUCCUCUGCCACCUACACACCAUCGAUUCAGACCACUUCCGGAUCCAGCUACUCUCAGUCGAAUGCCUUCAAUGCUGGCUUCAAUGGCGCCUCUCAGGGUGGACUCCUUUCCCAAAACGGCUUUGGAAUUUCCCAGAAGCCCACCGGAGAUCUGUACAAACCAAACUCUGGUGAUCUGUACAAACCUAACUCUGGACUUGGCAGCUUUGGCAAUAGUGCCUCUGGCGGAUUCAGUGGAUCACCCAGCUCUAGUUAUCACAGCCAGAACCCCGACUACUACAAGAAGGAACUGCAGGGUGGAGCCUCCAACCAGUACAAUGGCAUUUCCGGUGGUUACUCUGGCGCACAAGGACAGUACCAGAGUGGCUAUGACACCUCUCGUCAACAGAUCGUGGACUGCCAGUGCGUUCCCAUUUCCCAGUGCCCAGCAGCCGAUCGUAUUGGACGCAAGGAGGACCUCAUUCUGCCUAUCGAUCCCCGUAACCUGGGCAAGGAUAUUGAAGCUCUGAGUGACGAUGCUCUGUCCGCCAAUGCUACCACCCCGGUAGAGGGAAAGAAGGCUGAGGAGAAGUCCGACAAGGAUGACAAGAAGCGUACUCGUCGCCAGGCUGAUGCUGACCAGAAGGAUGAGGAAGCCAGUGAUCUCUCGCUCGAUGCUCAAGGGAGACAGUUGCCGCUCGCAGGAUCUCCAUUGGCAUUGCCCGCUCUCCAGGCUAUCGAGCUGAUCCAACGAAAAGUGCUGCCCACCUAUGGUGUGAGCUUUGGUCUACCCUAUCCUGCUGGCGCAUACGGAGGUUAUCCCUCGAAUGUCUUGGGUGAUCAUGUACCCGCUCAGAACCCUUACUUUGGUUCAGUUGGUCCGAAUGGCCUUAAUCUCGGUCUGGUGAAUGUGAAUCCUCUGGUUUCAGUGCAGGUUGCCAAAACAGAUUAUGGUGAGAAGGUGGUGAAGCCGCUGGUCAAUCUCCAUGUAACACCGAAUGCAAAUCUGAUCCAGAAAGUGGGAGAUUUCUUUAAACGGAAACCCACAGAAACGUAUAGCCAUCACUACCACCACCACGAUCACUAUAGUGGUUAUGAGCAUCACGAUUACGAUCACCAUGGACACCACGAUCAUCAUGACCAUCACUCGUAUCCCCAUUACUAUGGAGGAUCUGGUCCUGGUCCCCAUUUCAGCGUGGAAAUGGUUCCAAGUACUCCGAUCUUUGAGUACCACAGUGGUCCAUCGGCACCUGCUCAGUAUCAUCAUCACCACGAGUCGUCUCCCUAUGACAACUCCUUUAACUCGAUAUAUCCGGGCUCUAGUCCUGAUUUCGGGGGCUUUGGCGAGUACUCGCAGCAUGUGGAACGAAGUGCCAAUGUGAGCAGCGGUGAACCCUCUUGGCCAUCAAAUUCUGGACGUCGUGGCAAGCAGUUAGCCCUGGGACCUCUUCACAACAUUCCCACUCCAGCACCUGGUGCGGCAGCUGGCAGUGAUCGAAUCACUUUCCCCAAUGAUCGCAGACGCCGGAGCGUUGAGGAUAGUGUGUGGGCGGGAGCAGCUCCUGAGGAGCAGCGUGCUUAUUAUGGCAACCGACCCGUGGAGAAGACCUGCCGCAUCAACGAAGUCUGCUGCCGUCGUCCCCUGCGUCCACAAGCUCCUCCUCAGCAAUUUGGUCGUUGUGGUGUGAGGAACGCUGCUGGAAUCACCGGUCGUAUCAAGAAUCCCGUUUACGUCGACGGCGACAGUGAGUUCGGCGAGUACCCAUGGCAUGUGGCCAUUUUGAAGAAGGACCCCAAGGAGUCGAUCUACGCCUGCGGUGGUACCCUCAUCGAUGCCCAGCACAUCAUCUCAGCAGCCCAUUGCAUUAAAUCUCAAAAUGGUUUUGAUCUUCGUGUGCGUCUGGGUGAAUGGGAUGUCAACCAUGAUGUGGAGUUCUUCCCCUACAUCGAACGCGAUGUGGUUUCUGUGCACAUCCAUCCCGAGUACUAUGCUGGCACCUUGGACAACGAUUUGGCCGUCCUGAAACUAGAUCAGCCCGUGGACUUCACGAAGAACCCCCACAUCAGUCCCGCCUGUCUGCCCGACAAAUAUUCUGAUUUCACUGGAGCUCGUUGCUGGACUACUGGAUGGGGCAAGGAUGCCUUUGGCGAACACGGAAAGUACCAGAACAUCUUGAAGGAAGUGGAUGUGCCAAUCCUGUCGCACCAGCAGUGCGAGUCUCAGCUGAGGAACACCCGACUGGGCUAUAAUUACAAACUGAAUCCCGGAUUUGUGUGCGCUGGCGGAGAAGAGGGAAAGGAUGCCUGCAAGGGUGAUGGCGGCGGUCCAUUGGUGUGCGACAGGAAUGGAGCUAUGCACGUGGUCGGAGUGGUGUCUUGGGGUAUCGGAUGCGGUCAGGUUAAUGUUCCUGGAGUCUACGUGAAGGUGUCCGCUUACUUGCCCUGGAUCCAACAGAUCACCCAGAGCUACCAAUGAUUAACGGAGCAGCAGGAUGAAAAGGAGGAGGUUACUGCCUAUCAUGGAUCCAUUCCAGAUGACACAUCCUCCUCCGACGAGUUCGUUUUCCACUUCUGACCGAAGCCAUCUCUCAAAACUUUUGCCACUCUCGAUUACGAAUAGUUUCGAUUGUGGCAUUCGUCAUCGUAUUUAUCACUCUUAUUUAUUACGAAUGUCUCUUUGAUUACCUGUUAUAUUUUGUUAUAUUUGUAUAUUAUGCGCCCACAGUGCGCCCCUUCACUUCACUUCAGUUCACCUGUUGAUCCACUCAUUAGCGGCCCACAAAUGUUACUUAAUUGAAGACGCACAACCGACGCGUCACCACUUGUUGAUAUUAAUUGUAACUUAUAACUUGUACAUCUGAGUUCCGAUUUUGUCUUGUAAAAUAGUGUU